AUGGAUUGCAAGAUAAUCACUAUUCUAUGCUACUUAGCUGUAGCUAGAGCAAGUAUCAUCGAUACUGACUAUCCACCUGCAGCAUCAGUGUCAUAUUCUUCAAUAUCUACGCCAAUCAAUGGCAAAACUAUUAUCAACCCAAGCACUGAAGUCAGAAGACGUAUAAAUUUUUACAAAACAGUCGAACCGGCUCCUGUACACGAAACCUUUUCCGACCACAAUAAUGCUGGAAAUGCUUACUUUUCAUCGCUCCACAAACAAAACCUUGAUUAUUACAACCAUCAAAACUACGAUACUCCAGUAUAUUUGAACACAUAUCAACACGAACCGAUCGGAUUUAAUCCACACGAAAAUAUCAACGUUCACGGACCCUUGGUACACUCUGUCUCCACACUAGCUGCACACAAGUCUAUUCCUGUGACCUUCGCAACCCAUUCUAUUCCCUAUUCCAAAACUUCUUACUUAUCGGACACUCGAUCGGCCCUAACUGAACCAUCACUUUUUGCUCAAAGUGGCCAAUCUUCUGGAUUAUCAGCAUAUUCCUCUUAUACUCCUUUGUCGUAUUUGCCAUCAAAAUCAAGUGCCGUAUAUCCUAAGAUUUCUGGUGUUAAAUCUUACGAUAUUUAUUCACCUCCGAUAAACACACCAAGUUACGAAUCUCACCCAGGUACAUCUCUUAAAAAUACAUUAACGUAUUCGGAAGCUCCAUUGGUGUCUCAUUUGUCUUUUAAUGCACAUGGAGCUUCUUAUAGUUGGUAA